UGGUCAGCGGUGUGGAGGCGGAGCGCGAACACGGAGAUUAGCCCAAGUUUAGCAAAGCGUGUGAACACCAGCGGAGAUGAGACGCUGAUAGUGAGGGAGAAUGGCCUGUUUUGGCCACGAGAACUCUUCAACGAGCGUAAACUACUGUGUAGGGCGCGUUAGUGACUCGGUUAAAGAGAGUUUAUGAUGACUUUGAACAGGUCUGCGCGGAGUGGGAUAUGAGCCCGACAGAGGAGCCGCGCUUCUAGCAGCUGAGGUCGAAGAGGAAAACACGAGCGGAUGGUGUGGAGUUAAUCUCGGUUUUAUCAUUAAACGUGCACUUACUACUAUCGGGGCGGGUUUCCUGCUGAAGGACGAUGUCGCUGCCACCGCAAACCGAGACAAGGAAGUUUACACGAGGGCUGAGCAAACCAGGCACAGCGGCGGAGCUCCGGCAGAGCGUGUCUGAGGUGGUGAGGACGUCCGUGCUGGUGGUAAAGCCACGUGUGAUCGAGCCAUUGGACUAUGAGAGUGUGCUGGUCCAGAGGAAAACUCAGAUCCUCAGUGAUGUUCUUCGAGACAUGCUGCAGUUCCCUCUGGAGGACUUCCAGACGUGCACUCUGCGCCGGAUGAUCCGCACUGUGUACCCCUCGCUCCCGGAGAACGCGCAGAGAGAGGCACACAGCCUGUUUGUGCAGGAGUGUAUCAAGACCUACAAAUCAGACUGGCAUGUUGUCAACUACAAGUACGAAGAUUAUUCUGGUGACUUUCGUCAGCUCCCCAAUAAAGUGUCCAGACCUGAUAAGCUGGCAGUUCAUGUGUUUGAAGUGGACGAGGACGUGGAUAAAGAUGAGGACACAGCCUCCUUAGGCUCACAGAAGGGAGGGAUCAGCAAGCAAGGCUGGCUUCACAAAGGCAACAUGAACAGUGCCAUCAGUGUCACUAUGAGGUCUUUCAAAAGGAGAUAUUUCCACUUGACACAGUUAGGAGAUGGCUCCUAUAACCUCAACUUCUACAAGGACGAGAAGAUUUCCAAGGAACCCAAAGGGACCAUCUUCUUGGAUUCCUGCAUGGGUGUGGUUCAGAAUAAUAAGGUGCGUCGGUUUGCAUUUGAGCUGAAGAUGCAGGAUAAGAGCUCAUAUCUGCUGGCUGCAGAUUCUGAGACUGAGAUGGAGGACUGGAUCAACACACUCAACAAAAUCCUGCACAGCAGUUUUGAGCUUGCCAUGCAGGAGAAGAGGAAUGGAGACCUACAUGAUGAUGAUGAACUGGGGAAAGCUGAUAACUCUUCUGGAAGUAUGGACAGCUUUCAGAGUGCCCGAGACAUUGAGUCCAAAAUAAGGAAUGAGACGCGCCUAAAACUCUUCACACUGGACCCAGACACACAGAAGUUGGACUUCUCUGGCAUUGAACCUGAAGUCAAACCUUUUGAAGAGAAGUUUGGGAAACGGAUUCUUGUAAAAUGCAACGACCUGUCCUUCAACCUGCAGAGCUGUGUGGCAGAGAAUGAGGAGGGACCAACUACUAAUGUGGAACCCUUUUUUGUCACUCUGUCUCUGUUCGAUAUUCAGAACAGUCGGAAGAUUUCCUCAGAUUUUCAUGUAGAUCUGAAUCACCCGUCAGUAAGAGCAAUGGUGCCAGGCUCAGGAGCUCAGAUCAUUAAUGGAGCCUCAGAUGCAGCACAGCGCACCACCAACGGUCUGCCAGAGAGUGCUCUACAAUAUCCACAACAGGGAGUGUUCUCUGUGAUGUGUCCACACCCUGAUAUCUUCCUGGUGGCUCGGAUUGAAAAGAUUCUGCAGGGAGGAAUAACUCAUUGUGCUGAACCAUACAUGAAGAACUCUGACUCCACCAAGACUGCUCAGAAGGUGCUGAAGAAUGCUAAAUUAGCAUGUAGCAGACUUGGCCAGUACAGGAUGCCAUUUGCAUGGGCAGCCAGGCCUCUGUUUAAGGAUGCAUCUGGGACGUUGGAUAAGUCUGCUCGUUUCUCUGCAAUAUACAGGCAGGACAGUAACAAACUCUCCAAUGAGGACAUGUUCAAACUGCUGGCAGAUUUCAGAAAGCAAGAAAAGAUGGCAAAGCUUCCAGUGAUUCUGGGAAAUCUAGAUGUUACUAUUGACAGUGUGGCCCCGGAUCUCCCCAACUGCAUAACGUCUUCAUAUCUGCCAGUGCGUCAGUUUGAGAGCAGUGAUUGGAACGGACUUUUUUUUGAGGUUGAGGAGUUUGUGCCAUGUUUAGCUAAAUGCUCUCAGCCCUUCACCACAUAUAAUAACCAUCUAUACGUCUACCCACGGCACCUCAAAUACGACAGCCAGAAGACCUUCGCUAAGGCCAGAAACAUUGCUGUGUGUGUGGAGUUCAGAGACUCUGAUGAGGAAGAUGCUCUCCCUCUCAAGUGUAUAUAUGGUCGUCCAGGUGGGCAUCUCUUCACUAAGAAUGCCUUUGCUGCAGUAUUACAUCAUCAGCAAAACCCUGAGUUUUAUGAUGAGUUUAAGAUUGAGCUGCCAACUCAACUGAAUGAGAAGCAUCAUCUCUUGUUCACAUUCUACCACAUCAGCUGUGACAGCAACAGCAAAGCUAGCACCAAAAAGCGGGAGCAGGUGGAGACACAGGUGGGCUAUGCAUGGCUGCCCUUGCUGAAGGAUGGCAGAGUGAUCAUGAAUGAGCAGCACAUUCCUGUAGCUGCAAACCUGCCUGCAGGGUACCUCAGCUGCCAUGAUGGCAACAGCAAGCACGCAGGUCCUGAAGUGAAGUUUGUUGAUGGAGGAAAGCCUCUGUUUAAAGUCUCUACUCACUUGGUCUCCACCGUCUACACGCAGGAUCAACAUUUGCACAAUUUCUUCCUCCACUGUGAGAGCAGUGUGUCUACACCUCAGCCCAAAGGAGGAGAACUGGUCAAAUACCUGAAGAGUCUGCAUGCAAUGGAGGCUCAUGUGAUGAUAAACUUCCUCCCUACAAUCCUGAACCAGCUAUUCCGUGUGCUUACCAGCGCAGCACAUGAAGACGUCGCAGUCAAUGUCACCAGGGUGAUGAUCCAUGUUGUAGCUCAAUGCCAUGAGGAGGGCUUGGAACAUCACCUCCGCUCAUAUGUCAAGUAUGUGUUUAAGACAGAUGCGAACACAGCUACUGGUAAAACAGUGCAUGAGGAGCUGGCCAAAGCCAUGACCACAAUCCUCAAGCCGUCCACUGACUUCCUCACCAGCAACAAACUGCUGAAGUACUCCUGGUAUUUCUUUGAGGCUUUAGUGAAGUCCAUGGCCCAGUACCUGAUAGAAAGCGGUAAAGUCAGGCUGUCCAGGAACCAGCGUUUCUCAGCCUCGUUUCACCACACAGUGGAGACCCUGGUGAACAUGCUGAUGCCUCACAUUGUGCAGAAAUACAAAGACAACCUGGACGCAGCACGCAACGCCAACCACAGCCUGGCUUUCUUCAUUAAGCGUUGUUUUACUUUCAUGGAUCGAGGAUUUGUCUUCAAGCAGAUCAACAACUACAUCAACUGCUUUAUGCCUGGAGAUGCAAAGACACUGUAUGAAUUUAAGUUUGAGUUUCUGAAGGUGGUGUGUAACCACGAGCACUACGUCCCUCUAAAUCUGCCCAUGCCGUUUGGGAAAGGGCGGAUAAUGAGAUUCCAAGAUCUCCAGUUGGACUACUCUUUAACAGAUGACUUCUGUAAGAACCACUUUCUAGUGGGCUUGUUGUUGAGGGAGGUGAGUGGGGCUCUACAGGAGUUCAGAGACAUUCGCCAAAUAGCCAUCCAAGUGCUGAAGAACCUGAUGAUGAAACAUACCUUCGAUGAUCGCUACACCUCAAAAAGUCAGCAAGCGAGGCUGGCCACUCUCUACCUGCCACUCUUUGGGAUACUUCAGGAGAACGUCCACAGACUCAACAUUAAAGACACCUCACCAUUUGCCAACAGCCUCUCCCACAGCCAUAGCCGGGACGAACCUCUCCUCACCAGUUCAUUAAUGACACCUCCUAAAUUAGGGGGCCAUGUAGAGAGCAGCCUCCACAAGGAUGUGUUUGGGGUCAUCUCUGGAACAGCCUCUCCACACACAACCUCGACUCCGAAUGUUAGCUCCGUCCGGCACGCUGAUUCCCGUGGCUCCCUCAUCAGCACUGACUCAGGAAACAGCCUAUCAGAGCGUCACAACGACAAACACCACCCCCUUGAUAAGUGCCAUGUGGCUGCAGCUCUUGGUGGAUCCCUCCUGCGCUGUGAUAAACUAGAGCAGUCAGAAGUGAAGAGUCUGUUAAUGUGUUUUCUACAUGUGCUGAAGAGCAUGUCUGAAGAUGCUCUCUUUACCUACUGGAAUAAAGCUUCAUCUGGAGAUCUGAUGGACUUCUUCACUCUGUUAGAACUGUGUCUCCACCAGUUCAGGUAUAUGGGGAAGAGAUACAUUGCCAGGAACCAGGAGGCGGGCCCUGUAACACAUGAGCGCAAGUCUCAGACUCUGCCUGUGUCCCGCAGUAGAGCCGGAAUGAUGCACGCUCGCUUACAGCAGCUCAGCAGCCUGGAUAACUCUUACACUUUCAACCACACAUACAGCCAUUCAGAUGCCGAUGUGUUGAACCAGUCGCUGCUGGAGGCGAACAUUGCUACUGAGGUGUGUUUGACAGUGCUGGACACACUAAGCAUCUUCAUCAUGGGGUUUAAGACCCAGCUGAGCUUAGAUCAUGGCCACAACCCACUAAUGAAGAAAGUGUUUGCAGUCCACCUGUGCUUUCUGCAUAUCAACCAGUCAGAGACAGCACUCAAGCAAGUCUUCACUUUCCUGCGCACCUUUAUCUAUAAAUUCCCAUGCACAUUUUUCGAGGGCCGUGCAGACAUGUGCGCAUCCUUCUGUUAUGAGAUCCUGAAGUGCUGUAACUCCAAACUCAGCUCUAUCCGCAGUGAUGCAGCUCACCUUCUCUACUUCCUCAUGAAGAGCAACUUCGACUACACGGGCAGGAAGUCCUUCGUCCGCACACACCUACAGGUGGUGAUUGCAGUCAGUCAACUGAUUGCCGAUGUCAUUGGAAUUGGUGGGACAAGAUUUCAGCAGUCUCUGUCCAUCAUCAACAAUUGUGCCAAUAGUGACAAGACCAUCAAAAACACAGCGUUCCCAUCCGAUGUGAAGGACCUGACCAAGCGGAUCCGGACAGUCCUGAUGGCAACGGCUCAGAUGAAGGAGCACGAGCGAGAUCCAGAGAUGCUCGUGGAUUUGCAGUACAGCCUGGCCAAGUCCUAUGCCAGCACUCCUGAACUACGCAAGACCUGGCUGGACAGCAUGGCCCGCAUCCACGUCAAGAAUGGAGACCUAUCUGAAGCUGCUAUGUGUUACGUGCAUGUAGCAGCACUGGUAGCUGAGUACCUGCGAAGAAAAGGGAUGUUUAAACAGGGUUGCUCUGCGUUCCGAGUGGUGACACCCAACAUUGAGGAGGAGGCAUCAAUGAUGGAGGAUGUAGGCAUGCAAGACGUACACUUCAAUGAGGAUGUGCUGAUGGAGUUGUUAGAAGAGUGUGCUGAUGGACUCUGGAAAGCAGAGCGAUAUGAGCUCAUCUCUGACAUCUACAAGCUCAUCAUACCCAUCUACGAGAAACGCAGAGACUUUGAGAAACUGGCUCACUUGUAUGAGACACUCCAUCGUGCCUACAGUAAAGUCACAGAGGUGAUGCACACAGGCAAGAGGCUACUGGGAACCUAUUUCAGAGUGGCCUUCUUUGGACAGGCUGCGGGAUUCUUUGAGGAUGAGGAUGGUAAAGAGUACAUCUACAAAGAGCCCAAAUUCACUCCUCUGUCUGAGAUCUCCCAAAGACUUCUCAAACUCUACUCAGAAAAGUUUGGGGCUGAGAAUGUCAAAAUGAUCCAGGAUUCUGGCAGGAUCAACCCUAAAGACCUGGACUCAAAGUAUGCGUAUAUCCAGGUAACUCAUGUCACUCCCUUCUUGGAGGAGAAGGAGCUGGUGGAGAGGAAAACAGAGUUUGAAAGAAGCCACAACAUCUACCGUUUCGUCUUUGAGACACCCUUCACAGUGUCUGGCAAAAAGCAGGGUGGCAUUGAGGAGCAGUGCAAACGCAGGACUAUACUCACCACCACACACUUUUUCCCAUAUGUAAAGAAGCGUAUAGCAGUGAUGUACCAGCACCACACAGACCUGAACCCCAUCGAGGUGGCCAUUGAUGAGAUGAGCAAGAAAGUAGCUGAACUACGGCAGCUCUGUGCCAGCAGUGAAGUGGACAUGAUCAAACUCCAACUCAAACUGCAGGGCAGCAUCAGUGUUCAGGUAAAUGCUGGCCCAUUGUCCUACGCCAGAGCUUUCCUUGAUGAUACCACAUCCAAGAGAUACCCAGACAACAAAGUCAAACAGCUCAAAGAGGUCUUCAGGCAGUUUGUGGAGGCAUGCGGCCAUGGCCUGGGCAUUAAUGAGAGACUGAUCAAAGAGGACCAGCAGGAGUAUCAUGAUGAAAUGAAGGCCAACUACAGAGACCUCACCAGGGAACUCUCUGCCAUUAUGCAUGAGCCAAUCUGUCCUGUGGAGGAUGCUAUGAAGAGCACUCUGCCUGACUCGUUGCACAUCUUCAAUGCCAUCAGUGGCACUCCCACUGCAGCCAGCAUCCAGGGCCUCCCCAGCUCCUCCUCUGUGGUCUGAGCUUCAGCCUGCACUGAAUGGGGAUCUGUAGCUUUUUUCCAAAAGCCAUGUGCAGAUAUUUUCCCUCCUGUUCCCUGCUUUCUUACCCAGGCCUGUCUGCGGAGUUGUGUAUGAGGACACUGUGUCAUCUAACAGCAAAGUGAGGAGUUCUGUCAGCUGCAACACUCAGCAGCGUCACAGUCUGCGUCUCUCUGACCCAGCAGAGAGCUGCUCCACAGCGACCCUGGAAGAGGAAGUAGACUAGCGUUUUGUAAACUAGUAGUUAAGGGGACUGGGUGGGAGAAGGUGAUGUUAAUAUGGGCAUGGGAAGUAUUUUUAGGAUUUUUUUUUUUUCCUUUCUACCCCAAUCUGACCGGGGAUCUGAGUUACUGUUUCCUGUGGAGACUUUUACACAUUUUACCCUUCAUCAGCCAAGUAUUUUUUAUUGCUGUUUUAAUUAGUUUCAUUGGUUCUUUUUUGUCAUUUCGAUUUUAACUCUGUGAUACUAUGUGUACAGAAUUCCAGUUUCACAUGUCUUACAAAGGGUCUGCUUGACUUCUCUUCUUCUAUUCUGAAUCCAGCCUUGCCAUUUUUAUAUCAAAGAAAAAGUAAAUGUUAUUGUUCAACACAUGCGUUUCAGACAAACUUACAAAGAGACAUUAUUCACCUUAAAUCACUUCAAAGUCUUAGAGAUUUUUAAAGCCAUGUUAUAAUGUAAGUGUAUUGUUCUGAGUUGUUUAUUAUUGUGUAUAUAUAAAUAUCUAAACAGAGUGCAAUAUGUAGCAAGCUGAGCUCUUGCUGUGUUUGAUACACUGUAAGAAUGGUGUUGAUCCUUCUUGCCAAAGAGCAGAGGAGAGGAGCCAGUGAAGGAGCAGACACACGUACCACAUUAGUGUUCCUUUCAAUGAUUAUCAUUUAUCUUUUAUAUUCACGAUGGGGAUUUUUUUCAGUCUCUAUUUAAUACAAAGUCACUGUUCUGCUGUAUUUAAACUAAAAUGUCCCCUUUUAAAUAAAAAUCACACUUUUCAAACCGUU